CCUGCCGCGGGGCGGGGGGCCCAGGGUGAUUGGAGAGGUGGUGGCGGUGCCAGGUUGUUGUGUCCCCUCCGUCCCUCCCCCGCCUUAACGACAGGGCAAAGAGCAGGUGGGUGCGGUGCCGACGACAAGCCCUGUCCCCUGCCCGUGUCACCCUCCGCGGACACAGCCCGAGCGGCGAAGGCAGCAAUCGAGGAUCGAGACGCCCUUGCUGCUCCCCGGCAGGAUGGGAGACCCCUUCGGCCGCUGGAGCAACACCCCGUCACGGGGUGAAUACGACGACAGGUCCCCGCUGCGACAUUCCAACAGCUUCGUCCGCCUCACCGGGAAAAGCAUCUACAACCAGCGCAAGGACUAUGGGCAGACCGUGCUAAAGCUCCAGAGCGAUUUCCAGCACCACGUUGAGCACCUGCUCACGAUGCACCUGGAGCGGGAUCUCCACAGCGCCGAGGAUUGUCUGAGGCGCCUGAAGGGCCUGGAGGAGCAGGGGCGGAUCUGGGGGCAGGAUGUCAUCCUGGAAGUCAAGGACCAGGAGUUGGUGCUGAGAGAUGUGGAGAGCAAGGAGGAGCUGGAGACUUUCCCGCUGGGAAGUGUGCAGGGAUGCUCCACCGGGCUGGACAACACGGUGCUGGCCGUCAGCGUCCAGGAGAGGAACCCGCCGGGGACCAGCGUCCUGCUCUUCCAGUGCGAGCGGCUGGGGGCAGAGACGCUGAGGAGCAGCCUGGAGAAGGCGCUGAGGCAGAGGAAGGAGGAGCAGAGGGAUCACUAUGGGCACAGCCCGGACCGGCCGCAGAGCCCGGCCCCUCUGUACGCGGCCCCGGAGCGCUGGGCAGAGCCCCUCGAGCCCGACCACCACCUGCCCCCCCAGCGUGGGAGACCCCCCCAGCAUGGGCUGCGCUCCUCGGACUACCGUGCGCCGGACCCCCCGCAGAUGCUGCGGACCAAACGCCCCCCCCAGGUUAUGUCCGAGGUGGACCGAGAUGUUGAGGUUCUCAACCACGUCCUGGGGGAGCUGGAGCUCUUCAUGGGCCAGCUGAGGAUGACCCUGGGCUCGGCCAGCAAGAAGAAGAAGAAGCAGAAGAAGCAGCCAGCGCUGCCCCCAAAGGAGGAGUACACGGAUUUCUUCCAGAAGGUGAAAUACGCCCUCAACCUCAUGGGACGGACCCACCGCUACGUGAAGGACCCCGACCCCUCCCAGCUGCUGCGCCUCAUUUUCUCAUCUCUGUCCUUCGUCCUGGACCACUGCCCCAGCCCCGGGCUGGCCCAGGCGGUGGAGGCUCCGCUGCUGCUGCCGGAGGCACUGGAAUUCCUUGAGGAGACCCUGAGCGAUGACGACUACGGCGUCUGGAAAAGCCUCGGCACUGCCUGGAACAGGUCCAGGGCCGAGUACCCCAACAGCGCCCGGGUGCCCGCGUAUGUCCCGGUUUUUUCGGACGGGUGGCUGCCCCCCGUGCUGGAGCAGGAACGCCACGGGGCCCUCCAGGACGCCCCACCGCCUGCCUCAGUUUCCCCAACUCACUUGCGACGCCCUUCCCUGUCCCUGCCCCCCGCACAGUCACCAGGCACCGGCUGGAGGGACAAUCCCAGCCAAGUACCCUCCCUCUCUGCCCAGGGGCUCGUCCGAGCCCUGUACGAUUUCCAGGCCAGGAAUUCGCAGGAGCUGAGCGUCAGGAAGGGGGACACGUUGCAGGUCCUGGACCAGCAGAGGAAGUGGUGGCUGGUGCAGGACGAGUGGGGGGACAGGGGGCACGUCCCUGGCAACAUCCUGGAGCCCCUCCCGGAGCCGGGGCACGACGGGGGGCACGGCGCCAGGCAGGACAGUCCCCCCACCCUGCACCCCAACUCCUCGCCGGCGGAGGUGACAGCCUGGCUGAUGGACAAGGGCUUCUCGCGAAUCACGGUGCGGACUUUGGGGGUGCUGCGGGGGCACGAGCUGCUGCAGAUGAGCCCGGAGGACCUGCGAGGUGUCUGUCCCGAGGAGUGGCGGAGGGUCCUCUUCAAGCUAUCCCCCAUCAGGACAUCCCUGGGGAUCGGCCCCAGGCACUGAGCCACCGCGGCCGCGCUGUCCCCAGCACGUCCCCGCCCCACGCCUCCCCGGAUGGAGCACCCUGGGAACGGCUGGACUUGCGGGGGAACCCACCCCCCACAUCCCGCCUGGCCCUCCCAGAACAGAGAACCACUCCUUGAAAUUAGAGAACGUCUCCCCCAAAGCCACCAGUGACAUGAGGCUUCUGGGACUUCCCCCACCCAAAGGAAGUAGGGGGGCAGGCACCCCCCUCAGCGGGGCCAGGCGCUGUGAGAUAAGCUUGCACCCCCAAAAUGUAAAGCGAUUGAUGUGGAAAAUAAAAGUGACAGCA